GCGGCGCGGCGAGCUAGCGGCUCUCCCGAGUGUGCCUGCGCGGGAGCCGGCGAGCGGCGCGCGGGCGGCCCGAGCCUCGGCGGCGGCGGCAGCACUGACACCGACACCUCCCACCAUGGACAGCUUCGACUUAGCUCUGCUCCAGGAAUGGGACCUCGAGUCACUGUGGGGAGAAGAUAUCUUAAACCAGAGGAAUGACUCUCUAGUUGUGGAAUUUCAGUCAUCAGCCAGCCGAUGCAGGAGUGUCUAUGAACCAGAUAGAAACGCGUUACGGAGGAAAGAGCGAGAAAGGAGAAAUCAGGAAACUCAGCAAGAUGAUGGCACAUUUAAUUCCAGUUAUUCCCUUUUCAGUGAACCCUACAAGACUAACAAGGGGGAUGAACUCUCCAACCGGAUCCAGAAUACUUUAGGCAAUUAUGAUGAAAUGAAAGACUUUUUAACUGAUAGAUCUAAUCAGAGUCAUCUCGUUGGUGUUCCCAAACCUGGGGUUCCUCAGGCUCCUGUGAACAAGAUCGAUGAACAUUUUGUUGCAGAUUCAAGAGCCCAGCCCCAGCCCUCGUCUGUUUGCAGCACUGCAUCUUCCACACCAGCAGCUGUCCCCGUGCAGCAGAGUAAGAGGGGCACCAUGGGCUGGCAGAAGGCUGGGCACCCACCACCCGAUGGCCAGCAGAGAGCAACACAACAGGGCUCUCUCAGGACCUUGCUUGGAGAUGGUGUUGGCAGACAGCAGCCACGGGCCAAACAAGUAUGCAAUGUAGAGGUGGGUCUUCAGACCCAGGAUAGGCCACCUACUAUACCAGCCAAGCACAGCAGCAGUGGACACUGUGUUCAGAACUUUCCUCCAUCCCUGGCUUCAAAACCCAGCCUGGUUCAACAGAAACCAACGGCAUACGUGCGGCCAAUGGAUGGCCAAGAUCAAGCUCCUGAUGAGUCUCCAAAGCUUAAGUCUUCCACAGAAACCAGUGUGCACUGCACAUCAUAUAGGGGAGUCCCAGCCACCAAGCCAGAGUCCACCAGAGCCAAGGCCAAGCUGUCCAAGUUCAGUAUCCCCAAACAAGCAGAGGAGAGUAGAUCUGGAGAAACCAACAUCUGCGUGGAAGAAAUAAUCCGGGAGAUGACCUGGCUUCCACCACUUUCUGCUAUUCAGGCACCUGGCAAAGUGGAAGCAAGCAAAUUUUCAUUUCCAAAUAAGGACUCUCAGCUCGUUUCCUCCGGACACAAUAAUCCAAAGAAAGGUGAUGCUGAGCCAGAGAGUCCAGACAAUGGCACCUCGAAUACAUCAAUGCUAGAAGAUGACCUUAAGCUAAGUAGUGAUGAAGAGGAGAAUGAACAGCAGGCAGCCCAGAGAACUGCUCUCCACGCUCUGUCUGACAGUGCCGCGGUCCAGCAGGCCGGCUGCAGAGCCUCGGUGCCUUCCAGCAAGGGCAGCAGCAGCGGCAGCAGCAGCAGCGGCAGCAGUUCGUCCAGUGACUCAGAGAGCAGCUCCGGAUCUGACUCGGAGACCGAGAGCAGUUCCAGCGAAAGCGAAGGCAGCAAGCCGGCCCACUGCUCCAGCCCUGAGGCUGAGCCUGCAUCCUCUAACAAGUGGCAGCUGGAUAAAUGGCUAAAUAAAGUUAAUCCCCACAAGCCUCCUAUUUUGAUCCAAAAUGAAAGCCACGGCCUGGAGAGCAAUCAGUACUACGCCCCAGGGAAAGACCAAGUGCAGGACUGUGGGAAACUCCCCGAUGGUUGCCAAAGCAGCCUGAGAGAGAAGGACAUCAAGAGCACCUGCAAGGAAGAGCAGAGGCCAAGGACAGCCAACAAGGCCCCGGGGACUAAGGGGGUGAAGCAGAAGUCCCCACCCGCGGCUGUGGCUGUGGCCGUGACUGCAGCCGCUCCACCACCCACAGUUCCUGGUGCGCCCCCUGAAAGUGUGCCGGCACCCACACGGAGGUCUGCCGGCAAGAAGCCCCCUAGGCGCGCAGAAAGGACCUCAGCUGGGGAUAGCGCUAACUGCCAACGGCCAGAGGAGCCCGCAGAUGCGCUGGGGGUGAGCGCAGCCAUCCCUCCGGAGCCCACCAAGGCCAGGCCCUGUGGCAACAGCAGGACCAGCCACCGCAAGGAGCUGCGUGCCUCAGUCACCUGCGAGAAGCGCCGCACGCGGGGCCUGAGCAGGAUUGUCCCCAAGUCCAAGGAGUUCAUCGAGACAGAGUCAUCAUCUUCGUCCUCCUCCUCAGACUCUGACCUGGAGUCAGAGCAGGACGAGUACCCCCUGGCCAAAGCACAGGCCGUGGCCACUGCCUCUGCCUCUGCUGCUGCUGCCACUGCCUCUGCCGCUGCCUCUACCUCUGCAAGCGACCAGAGGCUCAAGGAGGCUGCCAGCAGCAUCAGCAGUGGUGGUGGCCCCCGCGCACCCGUAGGCUCCAUCAACGCCAGGACCACCAGUGACAUCGCCAAGGAGCUGGAGGAGCAGUUCUACACACUGGUCCCCUUCGGCCGCAAUGAACUUCUCUCCCCACUGAAGGAUAGUGAUGAGGUCAGGUCUCUCUGGGUCAAAAUUGACCUGACCCUCCUAUCCAGGAUUCCAGAACACUUGCCCCAGGAGCCUGGGGUCUUAAGCACUCCUGCGGCUAAGGACGCAGAGAGCGCACCUCCAAGCCACCCAUCAGACACACCGUCAGAAAAGGCUUUGCCAAAAUCCAAGAGGAAACGCAAGUGUGACAACGAAGAUGACUACAGGGAGAUCAAGAAGGCCCAGGGAGAGAAAGAGAGCUCUUCACGACUGACUGCCUCUGCCAAUAAUACUUUGUCUGCUAAUCACUGCAACAUGAACAUCAACAGCUUGGCAAUACCCAUAAAUAAAAAUGAAAAAUUGCUCCGGUCACCCAUCUCACCCCUCUCUGAUGCCUCUAAACACAAAUACUCCAGCGAGGACUUGACGUCUUCCAGCAGGUCUAAUGGCAGUGGUCUGUUCACGUCCACCACCUCCAACAAAAAGCUUAAGGCUGAUAACCAGCUGCAGUCUCAUUCUGGAGAUCUCGCGAAAGCAGCUCACCACAAUUCGGAAAACAUUCUCCACAAGUCACGGCCACAGACAGAGCCAUGGUCUCCAGGCUCCAACAGCCACCGGGACUGCAAGAGGCAGAAACUUGUCUUCGAUGAUAUGCCACGCAGUGCAGAUUACUUUAUGCAAGAAGCUAAACGGAUGAAGCAUAAAGCAGAUGCAAUGGUGGAAAAGUUUGGAAAGGCAUUGAACUAUGCUGAAGCAGCCUUGUCAUUCAUUGAAUGUGGAAAUGCAAUGGAACAGGGCCCUAUGGAAUCCAAGUCUCCUUACACAAUGUAUUCAGAAACAGUGGAGCUUAUAAGGUAUGCUAUGAGACUAAAAACCCACUCAGGACCCAAUGCCACACCUGAAGAUAAACAGCUGGCUGCAUUAUGUUACCGAUGCCUGGCUCUCCUGUAUUGGCGGAUGUUCCGACUCAAAAGGGAUCAUGCUGUAAAGUAUUCAAAAGCACUUAUCGACUAUUUUAAGAAUUCAUCUAAAGCUGCCCAAGCCCCAUCUCCAUGGGGAGCCAGUGGAAAGAGCACUGGAACCCCAUCCCCCAUGUCGCCCAACCCCUCCCCGACUAGCUCCGUGGGAUCUCAGGGGAGCCUCUCCAGUACCAACGCCCUGUCCCCUUCGACCAUCGUCAGCAUCCCACAGCGCAUCCACCAGAUGGCGGCCAAUCACGUCAGCAUCACCAACAGCAUUCUCCACAGCUACGACUACUGGGAGAUGGCAGACAACCUGGCCAAGGAGAACAGAGAAUUCUUCAACGACCUGGAUCUGCUCAUGGGGCCUGUCACCCUACACAGCAGCAUGGAACACCUGGUCCAGUACUCCCAGCAGGGUCUGCACUGGCUGAGGAACAGCGCCCACCUCUCAUAGGGGCCUCACCCUUGAGCUGGAUUUUGCUCUCGUCUCCAUGGACAGCUCAAUGUUUCUGGACACUGUGCUACUGAAGUGCCCAGCCACAGCAUCUGUCAAACUGCAGUGAAUAUUUUCUCAGCAUUGAACAGUGGUCUUUUCCCAGGGCAUGUGUGUUUGUAUGUGUGGGUGUAGAAGAAGCAGUCUGUAUGUGUGUAAGACACACAGCUCUUUAGAACACAUUUUCUUUGUCUAGUUUUCAAAACCCCAGUCUAGACAAAAUGAUCAGAGGUUUCUGAUUAGAGGAAAUACACUUACACACAUACACACACAAUCAUACACACACCUAUACACACACACAACUUUCUACUUCAAAGUUAAACCAUGACAUUUUAGAACAUUCUACCAAAAUUUCAUGGUUAGUUAACCAGGUGCAGUGCAGCACACCAAAAGCUUGACUGCCAGUUAAGAUGAACCUAGUUCUUAUAUUAUUGAUUACUUUCAGUAUUAAUAUACUAUUCCCCAUUUAUUCCUUGAUUGUAUGUAUUAAUGGUAAUUGAAUAAUGAAAAUAAGUCAGUUAUUUUUGUGCUGGAUGUUUACCAGGUUGCAUGUUACCAAAUACCCUGCGUUUCAUUUACUACUCGCCCCUCCAUCCAACUUUAUUAUCAACUAAAUGUGUUAUAAGCAAAUGGAUCAACUCCCACAGGCCUUCCUUGCCCUACCCCCAAAAUAGUAUGAAAGUGGCACAGAGAUUUGGUAAGAACUCAGUGCCUUUGAAAGUGAACCAGCAGUGACUUCUGCAUUUUGGAGCUCAGUGAGGGAUUGAAAUCUUUUGCACAUGCGACAACAGGCCUGCCCAGCACAUGUGUUUCUUCUUCCUGCCACUGUGACACAGUGGCUGUAGAGCCAUGUGGCAUUUGUCAGCCAACAUUUUGUAAGUGUUUUCUUUCCACGAUAGCUUUCUUACAAAUGUUCUUGGUCAAAUUAGGACAGUAUGGAGAAUGCCCCUUCACUAGGAGUCCAUGCGUUGCCUCAGGCUGAGAACUACUUGCUAUCCUGAUAACAUCUAAUCCUCGCAUUCUUCAUGCAGAAUGUGCCACGUCCCUGCAUUUUGAGCUGGGGGUCCAUUUCGGGCUUGAUUAGCAAGGUGCUGACUGCGCAGGGUAAGUUGUUCCUGCAGUGAUCGCAGUGCUGUUUGGGGGAGCAGCAGCCAGAACAUCACGCUCACACCCUGUGUGUCUGGUAUGUUUACAUCUGGCCCUCAAUUCUUUUCUCUUUUUUUCAUUUUAAUUAAGUUUACAUUUUAGUUUUUUUGACAUCUUGUUUACAGUUUUUGCUUGAAAUUUGUUUCUUUUAUAGUCCCUUGUCAUGCCCUAGAUUUAGUCUUCUUAUUAAAUAUAUUUGGAUAUAAAAAUAUUGGUUAAAAAGAAAAACUUCUGAAAGAAAAAAGGAUGUACUCUGCCAUACUUUAAAAACAAAAAUAAUGUUUCUUAGGCCUCUCACUUGACAAACUUGCACCAGGAUGGUCUGAGAAAGACGGGAUGCAAUUUAUGGAGCAGCCCAUUUUUCAAGGUGAAGGCGGCACAAGACAUUUACAAGAUAUGCUCCUGUAUGUUCUCAUUGGUGGUCUGAUUGUUUUGGUCUCAUUGUUAACAUUUUUGUCAGCCUGAUGUAUAGGUAGAAAUAAGAUUGCUAUAAUUCCUCGCUAUGGCACUGACUCAAAACUGUAGAAAUGAUUGAACUGUACAAAUGGUGACCUGAAAUUAAUUGAAAAGGAGCAAGUGAAGGGCUUAUGAAAUUUGCAUUUGGCUUUAGACUUGAAGCUUCUGGAACUAUUAACAAAAUUUCUAUUUUACAUUUAUCCAACUGAGGUGCUUGCCCCUCCCUUUCACUAGUUGUAGUGUAGGUCACAAUCCCAUCAAGGUUGGAAAUUUAAAUCUAACUUAAGAAAUUGUGAAGUGUUUUUUGUUUUGUUUUGUUUUGUUUUGUUUUGUUUUGUUUUGUUCUGGAGGACUGAGGCUUAGUUCUGCUUACUCUUGCUGAAUUCUGAUGAAAUGCUCAAACUCUUACCUAAAGGAAUGGCCGACCCUCAGCUGUGUCCCUGGGGUGCUUUGCUGGCCUUGUCCAUCUAUACAGCUGCAGGCCUUGUGUGGCACCCAUGUGGUAUGCUGACCCUUAAAACCCCAUCUAAACACACAGGUGGCCUCUGGCAUUUUAUCAGCACUUUGAUAACCCAUGUUUCCCCACUAAACUUGACACUGGUCAUUUGGGGGGUGUCCUUUAGUUUUCAUCGGUAGAGCACAGUGGGGCAGCAGUUUUUGUUUGCUUGGAUGUAGGUGAUUAUAGUAAGGAACCAUCUUGUUGCUUGUGAAAGUCAUUCAUAACUUCCUUUUAUUUAGUUUUGUUCAAAGUAGGAAUAUAUUUCUUGCAUUUUCUGAUUAUAAAAGCUUCAUUGUAAAAAUUUAGACAAUACAGAAAUGCAGAAAGUAGAAAGUAGUCCCAACCCCCGGAGAUAACCACUGCUCACAGUUUCAUGUCUAUCCUUCUAGAGAGUCUCCCAUUUAAACAUAUGAUAUCUAUUAGUAUUUCUUUCUUUUUGAAGAUGUAUUAUUUCCUUAGAAAUUCAACACAAGUUCAACUGGCCUUAUCCUUCCAUGACCUGAGUGGAUGCCAGCUUUUAUCACAAUGUUAGCGUUACCUUUCAAAGAGAGUAACUCAAAUACAUUCCUAAUCAAAAUCUGGAGUUUGUUACCGCUCUACGCAGAUCAGACUUAUGUGCAGAAUUGUGCCUGGAAAGAGAGGGUUGGUUAAAACAAAUAUUUCUGGAAAUUUUCAAAUUACAAAUGGAAACUUGGACCCAUUAUCUAAAGAGGAAUGUACUAGGAAAAUAAUCUGAGGAGGUGACAAGUUGUGUACUAGAUUGAACACAUAGAACACAAUGCAAUGAGACUUUCUGCACUAAAACUUACCCUAGUAUAUACAACGAUGUGUGUAUUAUAUAACAGUGAUGUGUACAUUUCUGACAUCCCAUGCAUAAUAUACACAGUUUGUAUAAAUGCAUACAUUUAAAAAUAUAUAUGUACAAUACAGCUACCAUAAAACUGUAGUACGCCUGAAGGAUAUUACUAGUGCCUAAUAUUGAGUAUAAGUCACUGCGUGUUCGCAUCACCUUGGAAGUACAGUAAUUGUUAUAAAAUUAAUCAGUGCAGCCAACAUUAUUUAUGAAUCACAUCUUUGAAACUGUGCAGUAGUAUAUACAUAUAUAUUUUUAAAUAACAUUUUUCACAGUUUUCCAGAGUUACUGUUGAAAUCUGUAUCACCAAAAAAAAAAAAAAAAAGCAAGAUUUUUUUAAUGACGUAGACACUCUUCAGACCCAGUAAUAUGUGUGUGAUUUCCUGUUUGUAGAUACCCAAGAGACUUUAGCAGUCACCAGCCUUAAUGCAUGUACAGGAUAUUAUUGUGACUUAAUUUAUCUGCAGUUUUUAAUCCAUGUGAAAUUGGAAUUUAUAAACUGACUUGGAUUAAAUAUGUCUGCCUUUCUAAGGUUACAAAUGUUACAUUAAAUGAUUUAUGUUGUAAAUGAGAGAAAUUGAGUUGUACGUAAAAAGAAAAAAUCCACCAACUUCUGUGACUAUUUUUAUAAGAAAACUUUAGAAUCAAAAUAUGUUCAAAUAAGUAUUCUGGUCCCCAGUUCAUAAUCUCUUUAGAAGCGACCUUGUUUCAUGAGUUGUUUUUUUUUUUUAACAUAGCUCCCACAUAUUAUCAUCAUUAAGUCUGAUAUUUUUCAUGGGGAAAAAAAGUAUGUUUUUCUUCAUUAUAACUACACUUGACUACUUGCCUUUCCCAUUUCCUAGCCAUGUAUGCACGUGCACACACAUGCAGGAGACCACAGCCCAGUGUUUCAUAAAACACUGAGCAGGGAACCUGAGGAGUUCACACUGAAGGCUGCAUUGGGGCCUGUCCAAGCAGUGGCCCUGAGACACAGGUCUUCUUACAUUCCAUAACAAUGCACGUCAGUUCCCUGACUCAUGUGUGCCAGGCUUUUCCAACUCAGACCAAUAGGGUGGAAAAAGUUUGCAGUAUCUGGUUGAGCAGAAUAAAAGAAUUUUGAAUUAACAAAGAUGAAACUGUUAGACCAGAGUCUUGCCAUGGUAUAUUCCCCUGUGUAGGAGAGGUUUUUUUGUUAACCUCGUUUUUAUUCUUCUCUCCCUCCUUUUUUAUUCCCCUCCUCCCCAAACUAAACUAAACAAGGAGGCAGAAACCAUAACAAAAACAAACCAAUCACUUCUCCUUAUCCAGCCCAUGUCCUUAGAUUCAUAUAUGCCUUGUCGUGAAGCAGAACCCUAGCUCCAUGUCACCAUGGAGGCCACCUCAUUCCAAAGAUGGCCAGGACAAGAGACUUGGCUGUGCUUGCUAUCGGACCACUGACUUGAUACUCUUUCCCAGAUGGUUUGGGCUAACAAACGCUCAGCAGUCUUUCAAAAACUAUCUUCCUCUUAUGCUGUUUUGCCUGCGGCUCACCUGAAGCCUGUUCCUAUCAGAAUCAUAUUUUUUAGAAGUAACACAUCUUUUAUAAAAUCUGGAUCAACAGAAGUCUUGAAAGACUUUUUUUUUGUUUUGUUUUGUUUUAUGAAAGGAAAAAAAGCAACAUGAACUGCAUUUCCAGCAAUUUUGAGCCAGAGUUUAUGUCCUCAUUUUCACAUACCCAGGAAGCACAGUCAUUCAAUAUUACAACCUCCUGACAAAUAGCACAAGAAAUGUUCCGAUUUGAGGAGCCCUGGCUGGGUAGCUCAUUAGGGUGUCAUCCCAUCACACCGAAGUUUCGGGUUCAGUCUCCAGUCAGGGCACAGACGAGAACCAACCAAUAACCAGUGAAUGCAUAAAUAAGUGGAACAACAAAUCAAUGUUUCUCUCUUCCUUUCUCUCU